GGGAUCGACGCGCGACGACGACGACGACGACGACGACGACGCGGGACGCGGCGAGGCGUCGGCGACGGCGACGCGCGACGCGAUGGCGGCGCCGGAGGCGAGCGCGGCGACGGGCGCGGACGAGGACGCGUACGACGACGCGGUGGAGACGCGCGACGACGAGGCGGAGGUCGAGGCGGAGGUCGAGGAGGAGGUCGAGGAGAUCGUCGUCGACGGCGCGGUCGGCGCGAUGCAGCGCUCGGGUGAGCUGACGCGUGAACUUCGAGAGGAGGCGGAGGAGGAGGACGAGGCGUCGCUGGAGGAGGAUAUAUCGCGAGAGGAGGCGCUGUCCACGGCGACGGAGAUGAUAAAGUCCGUCGCGAACGGGGACGAAGCGCUGGACGCGGCGAGGUUAGGGAGCUUGUUGUGGGCGCUGAGUAACGCGCUAUUGGAAGAUUUGACGGAUAGGGAUGAUUUGCGAGUGCCGGGAAAUUCGCUCGAGACGUUUCCGGUGGAAUUGGUGCGAGAUAUCAUGGCAAACAUCGAAACCUUGGUGAUUGCGUUGACGUUUGAACCCGAAGACGCCGUGACGCAGCGAAGCGGACAAAAGAUUCCGGCGAUUGGGUCCCAUCGCGUCGCGGCGGCGGAGAUUUUGGCCGUGCUCUUGCAAAUCGGAUGUCAAGACAUCGAUGAGCGCAUCGCAAAGCUCAAGCUUCCGAGCGACGGUCAGUUUGUCCUCGUGUCGCUCGUGCGCAUGUUUUUCAAGUACAAUUGGAGUUCGGCUCUGCACGCGACGGUGAUUCGUUUGAUUCUCGCCGCGUUGGUGAGCCCACAUGAACCGCUGUGGGCGCCGAUGUUUGAAGGCGGUGAAGAGAGUCUUCAAGGCUCGCUCGCGAAAUCCAUCAAGGAAGCGUUGGCGACCAAGCCGAUUUCAACGCGUCUGGGGAACGUGGGGAGUGUGAUCAUCUUGGCCAACGCGCUUUGUGAACUCGAAGCGUGCGACGACGUCGAGCGCGCGAGCGUUCGCACGACGCUGCAAGAGGAUCCCGCGUGGCGCGCCACCGUGGAGGGCGAAAACAACAGUUUGGCGAAGCUAAACGAAGAGCAGGCGGGCGGUUUGUGCGGCCCAAAGCCGACAAAGUCGCCCGCGUUCAUGGAUUCGGGCAUGGGCUCCAACGUCAUCAGCAGCCAAGAGUUGCUGAGGAUGUUGCAACACAUCUCGCUCGGACAGUAAGGAACGGCGAACGUCUGAACAUUCGAACAUCG